AUGGGGAUUAUCGCAGUCGCUGGGGGAACCGGCAGUGUCGGCCAGACCAUCGUGGAAGCCCUCGUGGCGCAUGGCAAGCACAAUGUUCUCAUCCUCACGCGCAAGCCGCACAACCCAGUCAACAAGCUCACCUACUUAGCGGUAGACUACGGUGAUGUUGGCGCUACAGCAAAGACUCUCGAGGCCGCGGAGGUCGACACUAUCAUUUGUGCGUUCGGCAUGGAAUCCGAUGCCAUCAGUGAGGCCCAGGUCAAACUUAUCCGUGCGGCAGACAUGUCGGGGUCGACGAAGCGCUUUGUAGUGAGUGGAUACGAUAUGUUGUUUAAGGAGGAGCACAUCCCCAUGAUACCUACUGCAAAGUGGGCUUUGGCGGCAACUCGUGCGGCGGAGGAAUCGAGUCUCGAAUAUACCCGGGUGGUCAACGGGCUAUUCCUGGAUUAUUAUGGUCUUCCGCACUGGAGAAGUCAUCUAAAGCCAUGGGUCAAUGCUGUCAACGUGGCAGGGAAAUGGGCAGUUCUUCCGGGCGAUGGGACCUCCAAGAUGAAUUUCAUCACUUCCCAAGACAUGGCACGGUUUGUGGCAAGACUCAUGGACUUAUCCGAGUGGUCACCCGUGAGUUUUAUCGCCGGUCAGACUGCAUCCUUCAAGGAUAUUCUUCAAUUGGCUGAAAGAGCACGAGGCGAACGCUUUUCCGUGAAAAACGAGAGCCUCGAAGACCUUCGAAACGGUCGAAUAUCUUUCCCUGAAUUCGAGGAAACUGGACUCGAAAGUACUGGACGGUCAACGGAGUACAUUUUCGCAAUAUUUCACUUUAUAUCUGGCACUGGGGGAUAUACUAUUUCCAGCGAUGAUAUUUUGGACACUAAAUUUCCUGACAUCAAGAUUACGACAGCGGCGGAAGUCAUCGAAUCUUCCUAG